AUGAUGAUGAUGAUGCGCCGUAUGAUGUGUGUGUUGGCCGUUGUGCUGUGCUGUGCCUGCGGGUAUACCAUGACGGCUGCUGCUACUACGACUACUGCUGGACAACCAAAGGCGGUGAUGGCGAUACUUGAUGAGGGUGACAAGGUUGGUGAAAAUGAGGGUAUUUUUGGAGGUCUCUAUGAAAAAAUCCCCUACAGAGAGGGUUCUGGUACCUCGCAAUCGCAUAUCAGUGGGGGUCUUGUUACAAGUUCCACUGGCAUUGAAAGAGGUGAGCGAGGUGAUGCUCACGGCAAGCAAACCUCAGUAAGAGAAGUUAGACCUUCAGAAAGUGAGUCCUUACCAGGUGCUUCUGGCUCACCAAACACUGUGAACACUCUUACAGAAAAACAGAAAACAGCAACUACACACACACCAUCACCACAUCCUGCAGCUGCAAAGAGUAUGUCGUCAUCAGGAACUACAGAAUUAACUACAGCACUAGAAGAUGACCUUAAAAGAGCGUCAGCUGAACCCGUAACUGCAACUACAGCAACUGAAUCAUCUGAAGGUGUUGGUUCCAAUACCAUUAAACAACCAGCUGAGUCUGAAAAAGCCCCAGAUAACAGUACUGUUUAUCAUGGUAAUGUUUCGCAGCAUUCUUCUCCAGGCGAGGAGAGUACUGCACCAAUUGAUGGUAGUUCAGGUAACCAAUCUACUUCAACUCCAGGAGCUGCUGCUACGUCACGCUCAGAAGAAACAAAUACCACUAUUCUGCCUAAUACUGAGAAUACUGUCAGUGAAGAAUCAACCGCCACUCCUUCUCGUGACUCUAAUCUUACUCAGCAAUCUACUGCAACUGAUGAUGUGACUGCCGUACCAAACUCACCAGAAACCAAUACUACAACUCCGCCGAGCUCCGAGAACACUGGUGAAGCACCAACCACCACUCCAUCUCCUGUUCCUGUACCCAACGCAGGGAUCAACACUAUUGCUUCCGCUGUACAGAAUAACAAGGCUAAUGUUGACAGCAGCAGUAUCAGUCCUGUGUGGAUGCGUACUGCAGCACCGCUACUGAUUGUGGCUGUGUUGGUCUCCGCUACUGUGUACUGA